AUGGCAGAUUGGAGCCCGGACCUGCUGUUGCUGGUGAACUGCCGCGCGCGAUCUUGCCGCUACCUCUGCGGUCGACUGCCGUACUCGCCCCUGGCCGGCCACAGCCUGGACGUAUCGCUGGUGCUAUCAAUUGAGCAUUUUCGCCCGCUGCUAGAUGUAUCGCUGAGCACGAACCCCGCGACGGAAGACGACGAUACCAAGACCGCCAGGGCGAAAGGACAGGUCAACCAGAACGAAACAGAAGACAGCAUGCAGUUAGCGAAUCACCCAGCUAAAUAUGAAUAA